AUUUGCGACGUAAACAAUCCUAUAAACAAGCAUUCUGUUUAUCAGUAUAGGUAUUGCAUCGUAGUGAUAAGUCGUGUUUUGCUCAGCGGUGUACUUAUUGCGAAUCGGUUCGUCUGAAUCGUUAUCACGAUUAGUAUGCUAUUUUACCAUGUAAGGGAGGUAUUGCUUAAGUUCUACCAAGACCAUGUAGCCAGAAUGGUGGCUUUAGCUGUUCUCACUCUUUCCGUCCUCAUUGGGUGGUAUAUUAGUUCGAUUUUAGGAUUUACGAUUUUGUUAUUUUUCAUCAAUGGCUGUGUGGCGGCCGUUUUUACCCUCAAUCACAAAGAUACCGUUGGCCGGUAUCUACAAAAAGUGAAAGAUUUCUUCGGAUACAAAGACUAUGACUCACGUCGUGUAUCGGAGUGUGACAUUUGCGGAUAUGAAAAAUGCCCACGUCACAAUCGCAACGCGCUCAUUCCUGAACCCUGGAAGGGCUUCCUCAUCGACGAUUCGCUGGACGAAGCCGUUGAUAAAUUUUUCUCCCGCAUUCUGGAUAGUUUUGUCAGUAAUUGGUAUGCUCAAAUUACACAGGACGAAGAGUUUAUCCUGAACAUCAAAACUAAUCUGCGGGAUGCGUUGUGUCGGCUGCUAAUCCGGGCCAAAGAGCUAGAUGCCCCAACCGUGAUAACCACCCGUCUGCUGCCCACUUUUUUCAUACAUUAUGAAAUCAUCGCGAAGAUGUUGCUCGUGGAUCAGGUCCCGAUGGAUCGAUUGGCAAAGACAUUCCUCAUCGAUGAGUAUCCGAUUCAUCCGGCAGUGCUCAAUCGGCACGCCGAGCUUAACUAUCUACGAGGGAUCGCGAAAGUAUUGAUCCCGAAAUUGUUCACUCAGGAAAACAAGGGGUGCAAAAUAUUCUUCAAUCUCAUCAAGGAAUUGCUCACAUUUUGGGUGCUGCUUCCACUGCUGGACGUAAUCUCUGAUCCGAACUUGAUAAACUUGCUGAUAAUCGCUGCCACCGACCGAAGGCAGAAAGAUGGUUCGAAACCGAUGAGAGCGAAGGCUUCUAGGAAGGUUGAAAUCUUGGGAGAUUUUGUGGAGAGAAGUCGUGCGAAAGUUGAAUGCGGAGUGGAGACAGUGGUGGGGGACGAGAAUAUCUGGCAAGACCAGAAUAAGCUGUACUAUUUCAUGCAGUUUCUAAUCAAGGAAGGAUCGGUUGAGUGGUUGCGAUUUUAUCUGGAUGUCGAUAUCCUCAACAAGGAGCUGGAAGAUCCACAUAUAACAACGGAUCCUACUAAGUUAUCUUCGCUCCAUCAGCAGUCAGAGAAGCUUCUUCAGAUGUACCAUAGCAUGGAGAGCAGCGAUCGGCAACAGCCCACGAUUCUCACACUGAGCGAGGCUCACGAACGCGUCAGGGAAAGGUUGGAGGACAAGUGGCGUAGAGAUUUCAGCAAAACUUCGGAAUACUUCGAGCUCAUUUAUGGCAGUCGGGAGAUCAAAGAAGCUUCGGAUAAAAAAUCCACCGAUAAUGCAGGUGGCACUGGAGCAAAGCUCAGCUCCAAAUUCAAGGAAGUAAUUCGGGGAGCAGUCGAUGGAGCACCAAUUGAGGCAACCGAAGCUCCUACUGUGUGGGACGCACUGAAUGAUGCCCAGUCCAUACCAACUAAUAAUAUUUACAAUUCGGUUACCCAGAAACUGCGGAAGGAGAAAGGUCAAAGCUUGGAUGCUUUCAUGGUCACGUUUAUGCAUUCCAUCGAACAGAGUCCCGAUAUUGGGGAGGACGUCGUUCAGAUAAAGGAUAGGGUGAGGAAAAAAUAUAAAAUUCCUGGCCAGAGCAUCGUUUUCGGUGAUUUAUUCGAACUGAAGAAAGCUUCGAAGAACACUCACACCACAACGUUAUUAUCCCACAGUGUUCGUGGUCCUUCACAGUGCCUAAUUUAUAUUUUGGUUAAAAUUUUAAACGCUCCUUUCCUCAUCGUCCGGUUGACCCUUGCAUUUUGUUGCGUUUCUCGUAGAACCGUCGAUACCCUCAUUCACACCGGUAUAGCCGGGCUGCUUCGGACAGGACUUAAGGAAUCUCGAUUGGCCGUUCUGAUCAACCUUCUGCGGGAGGUUAUUUUUCUGAAGAAACUAUCCGAGCCAACGCCGGCCGAGCUACUUCGGCGACAGCAGGACGCAAGAAAACGGUUGGAGGAACUGCGAGUUGGAUUGGGAAAUGUUGCCGAUGUGCUGCAAUCUCCGGUACUGAAUAAACAUCUGAUGUACUGCAUGUUCGAUAUUAUUCUGGGUGAGAUGUAUCCGGAAUUCGAAAACUCUCCGAGUUCGUAGUGUUAAUUCUUAAUAACAUAUCGUGUGCUAGAAAUGAG